UUUCAAAGUUUACGUACGCUUUCCAUACAAAAUAUAAACAUCGUUAACGACAAUAAAAGCAUAACAGGUCGCUUAAUUCCGCCGUUGGUUAAAUUUUUUAGUUUUUUGAUAAUAUAAAAUUGUUUUGAAUUUGGUAGAUUGCGGAAGUGCCGAUUUUUGUGUUUAUCAUGGCAGACCGUUUAACUCAAUUACAAGAAGCAGCUAAUUUGCUGGCCGACCAUUUCUGCAACGCUGUUGGAAUCCUUCAACAAAUUGCACCUCCUGGACAGUUUGCCGGAUUCGAAAAAUCCGCUUCAGCAACAAAACCGGCGCAAGUUACGAGCGAUGAAACUGCCUUGCUGUUCGCUCAACUGAUUGCAAGAACGGCCAAAGACAUCGACAUCUUGGUUGAUUCUCUGCCUAAUGAGGACUCCUCCCCGGAACUUCAAGUAGCGUCAUUGAGAAGACUUGAAACGGAGAACCAGAUAGCAGCCAGGCAGUUGGAGCAAGCUAUCUCAAAAGGAGAAUUCCUCCUUGAACAAAUCCAAAAAUCUUUACAUGAAAUUGCACAAACUCAAUUACAUUGUCAAGCCUUAGAAGCUGAAUUCAGAUGAAUUAUAUAAAUAUUUUAUUUUGUUUAUAAAUUUGUGAACAGGUUUAUUACUUAUUACCUUGACAAUUUUUUAUUUCAAUAAUAUUUUGUCACUUUGUAUAACAUCUUAUAUCAUGAGCAGAGAUUCAAUUUAUUGUAUAACAGACAGUCAGAAUGAUUUGUUAAUGUUUAUUUCUUCAAAUCAGACAUACCACUCAAAGGAACUGUUUUUGUUGAUUUUUUGGUAAUCUUUAAAUUCCUCAGUCGUCUUACUGACCACUAUUUGGCUUCGUGUACAUUUUAUGUUUUCACUAGAGUGC